CGCACUUGUCCAAACUAUCGAUGCACGCCCAGACGAACCCAGCAUCGCGGGAUCAAUGGCUCUUCGAGAAUCUCCACCUUCCUUCCGAGAAUCUCCAUGGCGUAAGCGGCAAAGAAGGCUGAUUCCAUUGCCGCCACCUUGAUUCGAGCUUUCCAAACGCCCGCGUUGCACCCUGGCUCCGUUCUGUCCUACUUUAGAACCCGAUCGUACGCGAUUUCUAGCGCGAUCUGCCUGGCACACCAACUGCUCGACGAAAUUCCUACCUGGGGCUUCCGGUUUCAUCGGCGCGGAAAACUCCAAUCUCGAAGUUGAAGAUUAUUUGAGCGAUCUCGCUUUGGUCUAGUCGAUUUGGUCGGUUCGUCUUCUUCUUGUCUGCGUAAACCAUGUCCCGUGUGUUGCCCCUACCCUGUGAACUUUCAAGCGGACUUUCACUGAAGUUGAAUUCUUUAAGUUGUAGUUUGAGAACUUUCGCAGUCAACCGUGGUACUAGAUAUCACAAUAAAAGGAUACCAAAGAAUCUUCAGAACCGUCGGCGCGACAAGCUCCUUCCUCCAUUUGGAGCUAAUCUGUUCUUGAAGAAGACGAGCACCGAUACUGAACGGACCCAAGUUGACCCAUUUGAUGAAGAAGGACUUGAUUUAGAGAUCGAAGAAGAAGCAGGAGGGGAUGCUGAUGUUGUGUGGGAACAAGAUGAGAUUCAAGCGAUAUCAUCGCUUUUCAAAGGAAGGAUUCCUCAGAAACCUGGGAAGUUAAGUAGACAAAGCCUUCCACUUCCACUUCCUCAUAAGCUCAGACCUUUGGGAUUCCCCACACCGAAAAAACACAUCAAACUUCGUUCCGCCAAGGGCGUUUCUCCUAGGGCUUCUGUCUCCAAGCAAGUGUGUCGUGACCCGCGGUUCCUUAUCAGUCUGGCAAGGGAGAUUGGGAAGCUUCCUCCUGAAGAGAAUGUGUCUACAGUUCUUGACAAGCGGUUGCGUUUUCUUCGGAAAGGGUCGCUUGCGCUGACCAUCAGGGAAUUAGGUCACAUGUGUCUACCUGACAAGGCUCUACAGACUUUCAGUUGGGCUCAGAAGCAGCCUAAUCUAUUUCCUGAUGAUCGGAUACUGGCUUCGACCGUUGAAGUACUAGCCAGGAAUCACGAGUUGAAGGUGCCAACCAACCUGGAAAAGUUCGCUUGUUUGGCAAGUCGUGGUGUAAUAGAGGCAAUGGUGAAGGGGUUCAUCAAAGGAGGAAAUUUGAAUCUUGCCUGGAAGCUCCUCCGGGUUGCCAAGGUUCACAACAGGUUGUUGGAUUCCAGCAUCUAUGCAAAGCUAAUACUAGAGCUUGGAAAGAAGCUGGACAGAGACACGCUUGUUUUGGCUUUAUUGGAAGAGCUUGGUGAAAGAGAAGAUUUAAACUUGAGCCAGCAGGACUGUACAUCUAUCAUGAAGAUCUGUGUUAGACUUGAGAAAUUUGAACUUGUUGAAAGUAUUUUUAGUUGGUAUAAGCAGUCUGGCCAUGAACUGAGUGUGGUCUUGUACACUACUUUGAUUCAUAGCCGUUAUGUAGAGAACAAAUACAGGGAGGCAUUGCCUGUAGUUUGGGAAAUGGAGGCUUCAAACUGCCUGCUUGAUCUUCCAGCAUACCGCGUGGUAAUAAAGCUUUUUGCAGCACUGAAUGACCUACCUAGGGCUGUCAGAUACUUCUCGAAACUCAAGGAGGUGGGAUUCUCUCCAACAUAUGAUAUAUACCGUGCCAUCAUAGGAAUUUAUGUGAUUUCGGGGAGGCUGGCUAAGGUUAAGGCAGUUUGCAAGGAGGCAGAGAUGGCAGGUUUUAUGUUGGAUAAACAAAUUUUGUCCCAACUUGCUAGUAGAAAGUGAGGGAAGAUAGAGUUGUAAGGUUUGUAACAUGAAUGUUCAAAGGCAAGUGGUGAAGCAGCAAUCUUGCCAUGGUGAAUUGCUUGGUGAUGUACCACACUUCAGUGGAUAUUCUCCUACUCAUACAGAACAGCUGUGCUUCUAGUGCCAUAACGUCCCUGAAUAUCAUAAACUGGUUUGUCAAAAGAGAAUUUAAGUUGUCAGGAAAAUAAAGACUUCCAUAAAGAGAUGCUUACCAUUGGAGUGUCAACUUCGACAUAUAUGGAGCUUAAAUUAAAUUCCCAGUCCAGAGAACAGAUAUGGGGUAAACUGCUCUUGUCAGCUUUAACUGUGUCCUUCAUUAAUUUUUCAACCAUCUCAUUCACUGGUAAGUCAAAUUCGCCAUAUUUCUUCAGUAGUUCCCUGAAAUUCUGUCCUAGACGCCGAGCCUGCAGAUGUAGCUCUCAUCAAAAUGUGCAGACGGAAUUUUUUUUUGUUUGUCUGAAUAUAUUAUAGUGAGAACAGUGGCAUGUUCAGGCUUUCUCAUUUUGCGCCGCAUGUGCAAGAGCUACUAUAGGCCGGGAAUAUUACUGUCUUAGGACUUCUAUCUUUUGUAAGCCUCUGAUCCCUGGUAACUAAUCUCCUGACUUCUGGAGAUCAAAUUGGCAGUGCAACUAGCUAAUGAUCUUUUACCUUAUGCCAAGGUGAGUCAAGUUUCGCAUUGGAUAGCACAUGAAUUCCAGGGGAAACAUCUCGGAUGGUUAUGGGUUCUCCUUUAGGACGGUUGGAGAUAUAAACCAUGGUUUUGGAACAAAUGUCAGCAACAAUGAGAUUGAAGCCAUUGUACUGAUGAGCCUCUGUCACUAGCUGUUCUGCAAAUUCUCUUGGACUCUUUGUGCUCUGCAAACAUUGAGGUAAAUCAGCUGAAUUACAUAUUUCCAGGAACUUGUCUUUAUUGUCCAAAAAAGGAUUUCGACCAAUCUCAACAAAGAGUCUAACCACUUGUUUAGACUUGAUUAUGCGCACAUUUAUGCAAUAAAGGUUAAUGACUAGAGCAAUAAGCUUUUACUAGAACUCGAAGAAGGUGCAUUUUCUGCAGGUACAUACAAUGGCGACCCAAGAGUCAACCAUGAGAGGUAAAGUAUAAUGCACCUCUUCUGCUUGAACGAAGGAAAUGAAAGUCUCUGAUCUUCUUCUUAGCGUCAGUUCAAGGAUAGCCAUUUUGUGAGUUAGAAACAUGGUCAUCCAAUUUUAUGAUUUCUCCUGUAAGUGACUGGUCUGGAAGACUUUGUUAAGUUGAGAGAAUAGAAUAAAUGCUCAUGCAUACCUCCAAGAAAAGCACGGGAAGGUCGCCUCGGCUCUUCGCCUCAUUUAGUGUAUGAAGCUCCAGCACGUUUGUCAAGAAAGCUACUCUUCCCUCUCUUGAACAGGCCAACCAAGUCCCUCCAGCAAUUUCAUCUCUUCCCCCCAAUAUCUCAAUCUCUUCCCACCAUUCCACUGGCUUUGUUGGCCUUCACAAAUUUAACAGAGAGAGGGAUCAACAAACUAAUGGGCACUAUCUUCAUAGAAAAGGAAAGAAGAUUACAGACAAAUGGAAUAGAUGCCAAGCAUCAACUUGCCUGUUGUGAUACUCAUCUCUGUUUAGCACCAGAAUCAAAGGGUAAAGUGGAUGAGCUUGCCAAACGAAAGCUGCUAUGCACAUUGUACCUUGUUUAGCUGUGACCUCACUAAGUAUCCGUGGAAAACCUGAAUGCGGAUUUGCCUGUUAUGAUCUCUCUCUGAAGAAUUUUCUCAGAAAGCUAAUGUGGGCAGUUGUAGUUAGGAUGGGGUGAAUGAAGUAUAUAUUUAUAUGUUGGCUGAUCUUUUGCCUGAUUUUGGCUGGGACGUGGAUAGGAUGCGAUGGCUACUUUAUGUUAAAUCUGUGAACUGACUUUUCUUUUA